CACAUCAGUUUGUCACUGCAGUGAUGGCAGGCAGUGAAACAAGUCUUUCCCUGCAACAAUUCAUUGCAUCCCUGGAUCAAACUUGUCUACCUCGGAUUCUACAGGUUUGCUCCGGGGUAUACUUUCAAGGGUCUGUUUAUGAGCUAUCAGGAAGCGAGGUGUGUCUGUGCACAGGGGACCUGGUGAAAGUGGUUAACAUCCAACUCCUGUCUGUCAGUUGUGAGGACAUCAGCAACAAUGAGAAGUUUGAACUUCCCUUAAACCAUGCAGGUCUGUUCAAGCUGGUUCCAGAGAAGAUGCCAUACAAUACGAUAGAGGAGAUGUUGAGCCUCAGGCCAGAGGCUCUAGAAGUCUGCCUUCCCUUCUCCUUCACUUCCAAAUGUGAGCUGACCUUUCAGAACUUCACACUAGGGGCCGGCAAGAUUGUGACCAUGCUCUCCAUUGAGCAGCAAGAGGGGGUUAAGGAGAAACACAUUCGCUGUCAUCUCCAUGGUCAGCAGGGGCAAUUGGCUGAAGUGCUGGUCCCUUUCUCCUGCCGUGGGGAGUUCUAUGAGUGUGAAAGUGACAACACCUACACCCUUCAGGAGAUCAUGUCCUCGCCCUACCUCUGUAGUCGCUACUUUUGCUUCAGCAAGAUAACCAAGAAAGGCGGGCCGCUGGUCUUCAGUCCUAUAUACCAGGUCCAGGCCAUAAUGCACUUGAGAAAGAACAUUGUGACGUUUCCUUCCAGCUUGGAGGUAGAUGUGGUGGACGUAACGUUGCAAUCCCAAGACGUGAACUUUGUGACCCCGCUCACUCUUCCCGAAGUAUUUGCCAAGUCGGAUGGGGCAUUUCCCACCAUGGCUGAAAUACUGGAGAUACAUGAGGGCAAGCCUAUGUUCUGCUGUACCUGGCUGACUGAACUACGCAAGGGCCAUCAUCUAGCCCUUCUGAAACGUGGUUCAUCAACCAUAUUUCUGGCUUCAGGACAGAAGGGGCGGAAGGGGCGCCAGUACUUCUUAGUGUCGCCGAGCUACAGUGGGCGGCUGAAACGGAAGCCGCGUGAGUUUGACUCUGUGUAUGAGCUGUAUGUUGCCUUAAUCCACACACCAUUUCUCAAAGUCAGUGUGACGAGGCAUAGUGAGGGACUGGAAGGAGAGGAGAUUCCAGCACUCAGUGUAGGGGAUCAGCUAGAAGUGCUUCGCUGCCAGAAGAUACAUAUGCCCUGUGGAGGAACCAGCCAGGAGAAGAACCAGAUCGUGGAGGUCCUUGUAUGUAGACGUCUCCAAGAAGUUGACAAUGAUGAAGAUGAGGAGGAUGAAGAGGAGGAGAAUGUGGAGCUCCAUUUGCCCCUGUACAUGCAGAGCCACUUUGUGGAGAAGCUCACUGACAAAAAAAAAUACAGCCUUACAGACUUGUGCAAGUGCUUCACUCUACCGUUGGACAUAAAGGUGGUGGGCCGUGAUGCAGGGCUGGAGAUGGAUCCUCUGGUGGGGUUCUCAUCGCUGAGGCUGGAGGAAGCUGUUGUAGAGCCCAUGAUACAGGCCAGCCUUCCAGCAAAGCCAGAAAUGUGUUUUGAGAUACCCUCUCGUUGGUUUAACAUGUCUCUGUCAUUUAUAGAUGACCCUCUGCCUCUGGCCCAACAAGACUGUCACCUGGAGACAGUAACUGAAGUGACAGAUUCAUUUUAUCAUGAAUUUCGAAAGCUCACUACAUCUGAUGAGACCCCACCGCCCCGACCGCCAAAGCGUAAGUCGGUAAGCUCAAAGCCGCUGCUAGGCUUACAGCCAACAUUAGGCUCAAAGUCUCUGUCAGGCUCAAAGCCUUUCAUAGCAACUCCUUCACCCUCAGAACUAGAUGCCCCCUGCCUUCCACCUAAAAGCCCUCUGCCUCAGUUGACUGGUCUAAGUCUUGACAGCAAAACAGCCCAAAGACCCCCUGCUCCCCUGCCUGUGAUUAUCACAGAUGAUGCCCCUCCCCAGAUUCCCAGAAAGCCUAUGGCCCAGGUAGUGUCAGGAAUGGCUCAGCCAAACCCCUACGUUAAAGCUACCAGUCACAAGUCCAAUAAGAAAGCAGGGAAGAAAUAUGUGGUACAAACAGACAUGGACAGCGACCAUGACUAUGAGCAAAUUGAAGACACGGUGAAGAGAGCACAGGAGAGCAUUUUGUUUUAAUAGUCACAAUCACCAAAAUGAAGGUUCUCCAC